AUGGAGCACGACAAGAAGGACAACUGCAACCUCCUCGCCCACUGCCUCCCGCAGUUCCAUGCGGACCCGAAGCCAAUCACGCCCGAAAAGCAGACGAGCAUCAUCAAAGACCAACGCAUUCAGUCUGCCCAGGACGCCGCUUCCGAGUUCAUCGAUAUCCUCCGCACCGCCGAAAAGGGAGGCAAAGACCUCGAGCGCCGUCUCAGAAACAUCGUCACGGUCAACUCCUGGACCGAAGAGCUCGCCAAGUACAUCCUCUCCGGCGUCGAAGGCCUCGUCCGCCACCGCGACACCAUCGGCCAAGUCCUGCGGGAGACUGUGGACAAGUCGACCGAAGCUGCUGACAGCGUGUUUGAAUUUGCCAAGGGGCAUCCCGUCUUUGUUACCAUCAUCGCCAUUGGCGUGUUAGUUAUCGUUGCCCCUUGGGUUAUUGAGGCCCUUGGCUUUGGCGAAUUUGGACCUAUUGCCGAUACCUUUGCCUCCUGGUGGCAGGCGCGAUAUGCCGGAUUCGUUCCCAAGGGGUCUCUCUUCUCCUUCCUCCAGCGGCUGGGAAUGACUUGGAAAUGA